UUUUCCGUCUUUCGUGAAUUACGUUUCGCUCGGAUUCUUUCACGAUAAUCUUACGAUAAAUGUAUGGCGAAGUUUUAUGAUUUUUGCGUGGGUCGAAGUGUACAGUGGUGAAUGCGGACACGCGACACGAUCGACGAAUGAUACGUUCGAUGAAAGGUGAAAGGUGAGUAAUGAGCCGCAAUGAUUCAGGGAACACGUGCUGCUGGCUGCAACAUUUACCACAGGCGUUCACGAGUGAAAUUACCGGAGUACGAUGGUUCGUGGUGGUUCGAACGAUUUCUUCUUGUUUCCUUCUCUGUCAAUUGGAACAUCGAAAAAAUCUGUGAUUUCGAGGAUUCGCGUGACGCGAUGUAAUUAACGAAUCGUUUAAUCGAUGCGUAAUCCGAUCGAUCGAUACCAUCAUACAGCCAAGGAACAUUUGUUCAUACAUCAUAUAAAGUGACGUGUUAUCGAUGGUGCAACGUGGUGAUUCUGAGAAGAUAAGUUAAAAAUAUCAAAUAACAUCCUGUUUUUUGAUCGGUUAAACGCUUUAACCGGUCGAUUCCGUGCCAAAGUAUCCAAAAAAUGCGGAGCGAUCAAAGUACCGUAUUUAAGUCUCUCUAAAAUUGGAGACAGAAUUUUUUUUACAUUUCUUGGGAAUCCUGCGUUUCGAAACAUUCGGUCGUCGAAAGUUUCGUUCUUGUAUACCUGUGUCUAAAUUCUCGGUAACAUAGUGAACCGUGUAUAUAUGAAAUUGGGAUUCCAGUCACGAGGAAAGCGUGCAUAUAAUUAUGUAGCGAGAGAGGAAGCGCACGUGAAUAAAAGAUCCCCCUUUUUUCUAACAAUAUACAUACUUCCACCUUUUGAUGCCGGCGAUUAUCGUACUUCUUUUAGGGAACACGUCAACGUGUUCGAGUGUUUCUAUAAAAAUAUUGUGCAGUUCCUUUUCAAUAAUUUUCUUCGAUAAAAAUGACAAUGAAAUUCCUUUUCUAAUCGAAAUGUAAUGGAACAGUAUUUACACGUUUUGGUACUGUUAUUCAGAUAUAUUCUUUGUAGCGUAUUUUAUGAUAUAGUUAAAAUUCAGAGCAUUCGAAAGAGGACAAAAGAGAUCAGCGUUGAAAAAUUGUUCGCGUAUCUGGGUCAUGUAACGAGAAACAUCUUAUUUGCAUCCUCCUACUGCAUGAAAUUCUAUGCUCGCGGUUCGCAACGUUGAUGAAAAAUUGAUGAAGCUGCAACAGGUGAUUCCGCUCUUCCUACUACUGUCUCCGUCGAUCUGUUUAAUUACUCGUCGAUUAAUACGAUUUUAUUAUUACAUAAUUACAAGUUCAUUCAAACGAAUCGAAGCGAAUAAAGAUUUAAUUUGAGCCUGCUGCUAUUUUAUAAUGCGCAACGAUGCGACAGCGAAUAUACAUAUUUAUUUACGUAUUAAUGAACCAAUAUAGCAUCGUGAUCGAUAAAUAAACAAAUUAUUUCUAAUUACAUCUAUAAAUCCUAACGGAAAGCGAAGAAAUAAGAGAGAAAUUGGCCAACAUCGAUGUGUUAGCAGCGAUUAAUGCAUACAUAAAUAUCGUAUCGGAAAAUAAAUUUUUCUCGAACGUAGAUUACAACCGUAAUCGAGUUAAAUGUCAGGAGGAAAUAUUGUGGCAGCGGAGGAACAUUUAAUUCGUGGUGAAAAACGAGGUCUGUAGCGGCUGUUUGGCUCGAUAGUAGCUCACGAAACGUUGCAUAGUUAUCUCGGUAAACGUCGCGCUUAUCAGUGUCGCCAGGUAUUACGUGGAGCGAACGAGCGACGCAAAACACACCUGCAUUCCAACGUUCGCUUUUUCGAACAAGCUCGAGACAAAGACAGACUAUGUUCUCUUUCUUCCGUCUACAAGGGUCCUCGUUGUCCUGUCAAGACCUCUCUUCUCGCCACGAGUGUCCUUUCCUUUCUUCUCGACUGGGCGCAUCGACGACCCUCGAAAUUAGUUACAGAGAAACUUUGGAAAAGGGCAACCCGAUACCGAAGGUAUUCUAGAGAGCAGAUUUCCAAGAAAAUAUGUCAACGUUCGUUAGACCGAUGCACUUUCCUGCCUCUGCUAAUUUCGAAAUUUUCAAACCUAGGGCUCCCGGUAUUUCAGAAGUUUCCUGCGCGGAAAUUUACGUGUUUAUGAAUAUAGGAAGGUGACGCGAAAAAAUCCAUACGCGAGACGGACUUGAUCAGGUUCGAAGCGUAGAAAAGUCAGCUCGCAUGUUCGAGCGAAAAAUCGUAAAGUUUCAGUGGGGAACGAGUGCCGGUGUUCGCCAGUGGAAAGGAUCGAGAACAGGUUUAUAUCCGCGCGUGUGAACGAAGCGAAAGCGAGCUCAGUUUCUGAUCGGCUAUUCCGAAGAUCCGCGCGUGAUCCGCACGAAACUGCCGCGAAUCCACCGAAAUAAGGAACACUUUUCGACUCUGCGAUAGCGUAUAAGAUAACUGUUAAACGGUCGUCCAGAUCGUACGAUUGAGAUAAUUGGAAAAUUGUGAGAGGUACCAGGAGAGGCUAGUUCGGAGCGUGGGUCGUUCGCGCUGCACCUGUGGUCGCGAAAGCGUGAAUGAAGCUGUGAUUCCAGUUCAAAUUCCAUCGAAUCACGAUACGUUAAGUAACAUUUCGGUUUUCGAUCUAGAAAAACAUUUUUGAUCGCGUAAAUCUAAAAGUUCUUGACUUUUAGUACAUUUUUAAUCGAAUCGCUGUUAUGUACGAGUGACCAGUGAUACGUGAUAAGUGAUUUCUUAGCGCAGCGUGUAAAUGGAAGGCAUAUUCUUUGAAUAUCUUACCGCUCUGAGUUACCAAAAGAUCUGACAAGGUACUUGCAAGUAGUCAGAUUGCUUCCGAAGGAUUAAAAUGGCCGAAGCGAUGAAGCAGCUUCGACAAGAAGAAUCUUUCGCCCCUAUCAGGACCACGUAGCGAGCAGAAUCUGGUCAGCAAAAGCGAAACGCGAUCGGAACGUGUCAGCACGAGCGUUUCGUCGAAGCGAAUGCGUCAAGCGGAGUGGCCGAUAAAAGGCAUUCGCUGCAUCGUUCGCGGACAAGAUUAAAUGAAAUAAAAGCGUAUAAAAGAGAAGUGUACGAUACGAAGGGCCGAUGGUAUUCGUGCUCGCGAUAACUGCUAUUGGCCGACGCGAUUGCAAACGCUUUCGAUCGGAUAGUCCGAAUCGCGAGUCGCACGCGCGAACAAAUUACUCGCUUGAAAAUUGUACGUACGUAUCUAUGUAAUCGACGAACGGUCUCGUGACGCAAUCGGCACGAUUCAGCGCGCUGAUUGAGAUGAUCGUGAGCGACAAGGAUCGCGCGCAGAAAAGUACCGGCAUGCGCAUAGCAUGGAGCUUCCGGUUUCCAUCUAUGGGCACCCUGCAAAAUCUAGGCGCCAGUGGUCGUCGUCGGAAGAAGAACGGCAUAUCCUCUUCGGCAUCUUGUAAGGAUCUCUGUCAGAAACGACACACGGUCCACCUACAGCCGGAAGUUAUUAUUCAGAAGGAACCCUCUCUACUCGUUACCCCUCCAUCACCGGAUCAAUCCAGCGAGGAAAUUAGAAGAUUGUCGGAGGCGAAAACCGACGAGACGGAAGAGGAAGAGGUGGUGGACAGAAGGGAGGACCUGGACUCCUGUUUGGGCGAACCCGUUGCCAAAAGGGUUGACGACAACGACUACUCGAAUCUACCCAUGGAUCCGCCAGAGGAGUCGACACGCAAGCUUCUGGAGCGGGAACUUCGACUUCUGGAUCCUAGAGAUCUUCGAUCUCACGCCUGGUAUCAUGGCAGUACUCUUCGUGGCGGUAGGAAAGGCGCUGAAGCGGAAGUGCCGAACGACGGUGACUUCUUGGUCCGCGACUGUGCUUCGCAACCCGGUAACUAUGUGCUCACGGUCCGAUGGAAGGGUCAGCCCCUUCAUUUCGUCAUAAACAGGGUAGUGAUCCAACCAGAAACCGUGUACGAGAGAGCGCAGUACCAGUUCGAGGACGAAGCGUUCGACACGGUCGCGGACCUGAUAACCUUCUACGUGGGUAGCGGAAGACCCAUAAGCCAAGCUAGCGGUGCUCGUAUAAUCACCCCGAAACCAAGAUCUGUUCCCUUAACCUGCGUGCCAGCUGCCCCCAACAACCAGCACUGUUCCAGUCCUUCCUCCUCGUCCCUAUCAACCGGAUCCCCCCCUCGUCUACCUCGAAAACAGCAGCGAAGUCACUCGCUGACGGCCCAACAUCACCCCUCGGACCAACACGAUGCUCGUUCAGCGUCGAACCAACAGACCCCAGCUCCCCACGUGCCGGUCCAGUCGAGCACCCUGCCACGCGUCCCUCCGAUCCAGAACCAACCACCUUCGUGUUCCCUGUCCCUGGGUCGUCAGAAAAUCACCAGGGUGACAUCAGACCCGGCGCUUCAACAACAGCAACAGCCGGUACUUCAGCAACCUAGUCUGAAUCAUCAAAACUCCCAUGGAACAGCUCCGCCGAAACCGCCGAGGGUGCCGUACGUCCUCAACCAUCAACAUCAUCCGCAUCAUCACCACCAUCAUCACCAUCACCAUCAUCAGGGUUACCAAGCGUCAGGCAGCGACAGUGGGAACGGAUCAGGGGACAGUGAGUUCGAGACGAACAACUCCGGAGGCACCAGCAACCCGUCCUCCUCGGUAGCCAUCAAGGGUGUCGUGAUUAGAAGCCAUUACAAUACCAGCAACGAUGGUACCAACGGAAACAACGGGAACGAGUACGAAUUAUCGGCCGAGGAACAAUUAGUCGUGGCCGCGCCGUCGCUGGAGAUUACCACUGCCCUGGACAUCGAAGGGUUCACCACGUUGUUGCUACCAGCAGGGGAGCACAGACCUCUGGAUCCGACUGCUCUCAGAGGAGUGUCAGGGAUGCUGCACGAUUCUGCUCCCAGAGUGCUAGCCUCGCACUUGACCAAGAUCGACCUUGAGAUAGCUCUUCAGCCUGGUCCAGGAAACCGAAACGGUCUCAGCGGAAUAGAGUUAGCUACUUUACCUCAUGGUAGACAAGCCAGAAUAGAUCUGAUCGAACGAUCCGAGUGCUUAAAGCUUCUCGUAGCUGUGACCGUGCUGGCCGGAGCCACUGCCAUCGAGAGAGCUGCCACCAUCAGCAAGUGGAUCAAGGUUGCCAUCGACACCAAGACUGCCCUGGGCAAUCUGUACGGCUUCUGCGGAGUGAUGCUCGGUUUGUGUCUGCCUCAGAUCCAAAGGUUGGCUAACACGUGGCACCUGUUGAGGCAGAAGCACACGGACGAGGCCUUCAGCUUCGAGGCCAAGCUCAGACCCACCCUCCGGGCAAUGAACGAGUGCACCAACCCUCAGGCACCCAAUACGACACUGCCACACCUGCUGCCUAUCGCUUUGCUCGGUGAACGAGGUCCCGAGGACAUUUUGGGAACCGUAACUCCAUCGGGUUUGGCAGCAGCGAUCCUGUCCCCGUGGGAAAACCAACAGACCCCAGCUCCCCACGUGCCGGUCCAGUCGAGCACCCUGCCACGCGUCCCUCCGAUCCAGAACCAACCACCUUCGUGUUCCCUGUCCCUGGGUCGUCAGAAAAUCACCAGGGUGACAUCAGACCCGGCGCUUCAACAACAGCAACAGCCGGUACUUCAGCAACCUAGUCUGAAUCAUCAAAACUCCCAUGGAACAGCUCCGCCGAAACCGCCGAGGGUGCCGUACGUCCUCAACCAUCAACAUCAUCCGCAUCAUCACCACCAUCAUCACCAUCACCAUCAUCAGGGUUACCAAGCGUCAGGCAGCGACAGUGGGAACGGAUCAGGGGACAGUGAGUUCGAGACGAACAACUCCGGAGGCACCAGCAACCCGUCCUCCUCGGUAGCCAUCAAGGGUGUCGUGAUUAGAAGCCAUUACAAUACCAGCAACGAUGGUACCAACGGAAACAACGGGAACGAGUACGAAUUAUCGGCCGAGGAACAAUUAGUCGUGGCCGCGCCGUCGCUGGAGAUUACCACUGCCCUGGACAUCGAAGGGUUCACCACGUUGUUGCUACCAGCAGGGGAGCACAGACCUCUGGAUCCGACUGCUCUCAGAGGAGUGUCAGGGAUGCUGCACGAUUCUGCUCCCAGAGUGCUAGCCUCGCACUUGACCAAGAUCGACCUUGAGAUAGCUCUUCAGCCUGGUCCAGGAAACCGAAACGGUCUCAGCGGAAUAGAGUUAGCUACUUUACCUCAUGGUAGACAAGCCAGAAUAGAUCUGAUCGAACGAUCCGAGUGCUUAAAGCUUCUCGUAGCUGUGACCGUGCUGGCCGGAGCCACUGCCAUCGAGAGAGCUGCCACCAUCAGCAAGUGGAUCAAGGUUGCCAUCGACACCAAGACUGCCCUGGGCAAUCUGUACGGCUUCUGCGGAGUGAUGCUCGGUUUGUGUCUGCCUCAGAUCCAAAGGUUGGCUAACACGUGGCACCUGUUGAGGCAGAAGCACACGGACGAGGCCUUCAGCUUCGAGGCCAAGCUCAGACCCACCCUCCGGGCAAUGAACGAGUGCACCAACCCUCAGGCACCCAAUACGACACUGCCACACCUGCUGCCUAUCGCUUUGCUCGGUGAACGAGGUCCCGAGGACAUUUUGGGAACCGUAACUCCAUCGGGUUUGGCAGCAGCGAUCCUGUCCCCGUGGGAAAACUCAGCGCCAGAUUGUGGUUUAUCCAUAGUGUGGUCGCACUUGGAAUCUGCUCGCAAGAUGGCAGAGAACCUGCCACUGUUUCGUAGGAACGCGGAGAUCGUGCUGGAAGGUUCAAGAAGCGACGAAUUAUUGUCUGACGCGUUUCGAACGGAAUUUCACAUAAAAUUCCUAUGGGGCAGUCGCGGUGCCACCGUGGCUCCCGAAGAGAGGCACUUGAAGUUUACCCAGGUGUUAGACGCCAUGUUCGAUAAAUGCUCGACGAGCGAAGUAGCGGCCUAAACGCGAUCAACGGAUGGAUUGCUUUGGAACUUUGUUUUCUUUCCAGAAAUAAAAAAUAUAUUCUCCUGUGACGAGAAUGGGAGAGAACGUGGGACCCGAACAUUUAUUUUUCACUUAUUUUUACGUGCUCGUGUAAAUUAUAAUUAUGUAAUUAUGUAAUUAAGUGACUGUAAUUAUAUUGUAAUUUCUUAGGAUGUUUUAGUUGAGAUAAGAUUCAAUUGUGAUGAAUGCGUUUUGCGUGUGUUCGAAGUUUGGGCAAAGGAUCGAAAGCCUUUUCGCUCAUGAUGCUUUCUCUUGCAAUAAAGUCGUAGCUCGUAAGUGAAACGUGAUUCUUCUAUCGCUGUGCUUUAUCGGAGAAGAAGAAACGGUAAUGAAUGCAACAACGAAAUAAUAUACAUAUGCGAUAAUUGAAUCACGUUUGUCGCUGAGAAACAAUCAAAAGCAUAGAGAUAACAUAUUCAAACCCAGAAUAAGAGUGGAGAGAACGUUGCUUAUAUAAAAUGUCUAAUACAACAAGGUUGGGUUUGAAAUUGUUAACAGAAACGAAGUAACUGUGGAAAGAUGUAAUCGCAGAUAAUAACAAUGAAACGUGUCGUAUUUAACAAACAAUUCCUGAAAACAUUAAUGAUCCUUUCGUCGUUAAUAAUGACAAUAUGAUAAUCAAAUCGAGUUGAUCUGUCAUGUACUUAAUCUUUAAUCGAUUCAAAUAUUCGGCCGAUAAUACGUUGUAAAUGUUGUUCACGUUUGUUCACAUUUAAUAUACGAAGAAAGAA